AUGGCAGCUAAAUUCGUAGUCUUCUUCGGUAUGGUGGCAGCCGCAGCCGCACUUCCCGUUGUGCCUGUCGCCCAUGUCGCUUAUGAGCCUGAAGCACCAGCCCACUACCAGUACCAAUACUCAAUCCAUGAUAGCGUCAGCGGAGACGUGAAGGAACAACAGGAGGCUCGUGAAGGAGACGCUGUCCACGGCUCAUACUCUUUCGUCCAACCCGAUGGUGUUCACCGCAUUGUAGAGUACACCGCUGACAAGGAACACGGUUUCAAUGCUGUCGUACGGUAUGAAGGCACACCAAUCCCAGCCCCCACCAAGGUCCCAGUGUCUGCCCCAGUGGCUUACGCUCCAGUGUCUUACGCACCAGCAAAGGUCGCAUAUGCCCCAGCUAAAGUAUAUUCUCCUGUAUCGUACUCAGCACCAGUAUACUCCCCUGUGUCCAAGGUAGCAUACGAAGCUCCCCAGGGUCAUGUUACAUUCUCAUCACCUGUCGCCUCAUACCACCACUAA